CGUUGAGAUUAAAACAACUUGCACCGACAAAUAUUUGCUUAAAUGUAACGGUUUUCUAAGUGUUAAGACGUAAAAAAAGAAACUAAAAAAAUAAAAAUGUCUAAAAUUGAAAAAGAUCCUCAAAAUGAUCCGGAAACAAGAAAAAAAUUACUGGCAACACAAAAAUCCAACGAUAAUGAAGAAUUGCGUAGAAUUUAUAAUGAAAUGCCUUUGACCAAAGACACCACAUGCGGUUUUGGUUGUUUCAAAGGUUCAUUUUUGCAAAAAUUUGCUAAUCAAACGGCAUAUGUGGUUGUUUACGGUUUGGUUGGCUGUGUUUAUGCCAUGACAAAUUCGUAUUUCCAUGCCACAAUUACCACAUUGGAGAAACGUUUUAAAAUCCCUACACGCAACACUGGCAUAAUAAUGGUGGGCAAUGACAUAAGUCAGAUGUUGUGCUCAGCGUUUUUGGGUUAUUAUGCUGGCAAAAAGCAUAGGCCGAGAUGGAUGGGUUUUGGCUUAUUGACCCUUAUUUGUUUUUGCAUGCUAACGGUAACGCCACACUUCAUUUAUGGACCCGGCGAAGAUGCCUUAAGUUUGACCAAAGAAUACGGGGCCAUAUCGGACAUUAAUAUUUCCUGGAAGGAUUUGCAAGAACAACAACAAAAGAGAUUGUGUAGAAAUGAUGGAACAGGUGUUGAAUGUGAUGUACAUGAUGGUAUUCUAUUGCCACAGAUACUAUUGUUUCUGGCACAAUUUGUGGCAGGCGUAGGAGGUUCAUUAUAUCACACUUUGGGUAUUUCAUAUAUGGAUGAUAAUACGGAAAAAUCUAAAGCACCGGCUAUGUUAAGUUUAUCUUACUUCUUUGGCUUGUUGGGUCCCUCCUUGGGCUACACUUUGGCUUCAAUAUGUUUGCGUAUGUAUAUUACGCCCCAUUUAACGCCCAUUAUUACACAGGCGGAUUCAAGAUGGUUGGGAGCCUGGUGGUUGGGUUGGUUAAUUAUAGCUGGCCUUAUAUUCCUGUGUGGUAUAUUCUUGUUUAUGUUCCCCAAGGAAUUGCCCAUGACUUCGGCAAGACGUAAACAGCAGGAUAUUCGAGAUAAAGAAGAAAAUAUGGGCAAAUCGGUGGAGCAUAUUGAAACGAAAACUUCUCUAAAGGAUAUGGUGAAAACGUUUAGAAAUUUUCUCAACAAUAAGAUUAUUGCCUUUAAUCUCUCAGCCAAUAUUUUAUACUUUUUCGGUUAUCUGCCCUAUUGGAUUUUUACAGCCAAAUACAUUGAAAUACAAUAUCGCCAGUCAGCAGCUACUUCAAGCAUGGUGACUGGUACGGUGGCAUUAGUAUUUUCAGCUAUUGGUGUCUUGCUAUCGGGCAUUAUCAUAUCAAAAUUCAAACCAAGUGCACGAUAUUUGGCCGGCUGGAAUGUUUUGGUCGAUGUUGUGACGGUAUGCGGUAUGUUUGCCUAUGCUUUUAUUGGCUGUCCCGCCAAUGACAAUUCACUGAUAAAUAAUUCGUACGAUAGUUCUUUGAGUUCAUCCUUAAGUUGCAAUAGUGUUUGCCACUGUGAUUAUGUCCGCUAUAUGCCGGUGUGUGGCGAAGAUCAAAUGACUUAUAUAUCUCCCUGUCAUGCGGGCUGUAAGAAGGAGCAUAUGGAUGCCAGUGGCCAUAAAUCCUAUUAUGAUUGCUCCUGUAUACCUAACUCCAAUUCCACCUCAAAUGAUAAUCCUCUUUUUACUCAUUUAACAUUGGGAGAUAUUAGUAAUUCCACUUUGAAUGCAGCGACUGGUCUCUCACUAGGUACCGGCGGUCAAGCAGUUGAUGGUGCCUGCCCCGUAAAUUGUACCCAACAAUUUUACACUUUCUUAGCGGUAAUGUGUGUAAUAAAAUUCUUUGCAGCAACAGGAAGAGCCUCUAAUCUGCUAAUAACAAUGCGUUCGGUAGCACCAGAAGAUAAGUCAGCUAUAAUGGGCUUUGGCAUGAUGUUAAUCUCCUUACUAUGUUUUGUCCCAGCACCCAUAUUUUUUGGCUGGAUAUUCGAUAAAAAUUGUUUGGUAUGGGGCAAAACCUGUUCUAACAAGGGUAACUGUUGGUCAUAUGAUUCCAUGAAUUUAAGAUUAAUACUCAAUACUGCGGCCGCUUCAUUUGUUGGCCUUAGUAUUUUCUGCAACAUGGGCGUUUGGUAUCAUGUUAAAGAUCUUAAGGUAUUCGAUGAAGAUGAUGAGAAAUUAAAAAAAUUGCAGAUUUCUUACUUAAAGGAGGAGCAAUAUAUAGAAGCCAAGGAAUAGAGAAAACGAAUUUAGUACGAUGUUACAAAUCAUAUAUGUAUUGUUAUUAAGAUAAUUUAUUAUAGAAGCGAACAAACCGAUGGAUAAGUAUAAUAAAGAAACCUCUACAGGG